CUAACACCGUUUUUGUGGAUGUUGUCUCAUCGGGGCAGCGUCCCAAGCCACUGGAUCCUAGCGGCCGGGGUUGCUUUCUGGCGCCCUCGCUUUACACUACCUCAUCACUUCAGUAUCUGAAGAUAUUGUUCGGCCUCAGGGCGCCAAAAUCUGUUGUACAGAAAAACAGCCCUCCUCUCUCUGCGGUGCUUCUUUCAUGCAGCUCGCCUACCUUAUAUGCUAUCCCAACGGGCACUACGCUGUCUGCCACAUAUGGUUUUGUCCUUACACCAGCGCUAUUUCUCCGUGUUUGCCUCGCUCGGCCUCUAUUCCACACAAGCACCAAGGACGCACGACAGAUGCGACGGAAAGCAAAUGAUAAGCCAUCUUCUUCUCGAGGGGCAAAAGAGCCCUAUUGUUUUCCUUUCCCCGGUUAAACGCUCCCCCAUAGCAACUACUAGCUGCAUGCGUCUGGUGGAAUGGAAAACACCCCAGCCGUUUGGUGCUACGGUGCCUUGCAGCGACCAACAAAAAUUAGCAUCUCGGACCCGGACGGGAGGCCUGAGAUCGAGGUCACUCCCGGGCCAACGAUGAUCGACUCUCACCCGUGCCGUGAGGCUCAGUUUCAUGACGACAAAUCCGAGAACAAAAUAGCAGUGCUGCCCGGUGAAGAUGGCCUCCUCUUAUAUGACGGACUCGGAUAG